UACUGGACGGUUAAUUCAAACGAAAUAGGUACGGCUUGUAAAAUGAGAAGGGAUCUCCUAAUAAUCGUGUUAACCGUGUAUGGAGUGAGUGGGCAGGAUGCGCGGGAGUCGCGUGUCGUGAAGACCGCACAGGGACCGGUGCGGGGAUACAAGUAUGAUGAGAUCUUUGAGUUUUACGGAAUCCCUUACGCUACUGCACCGACUGGAGCCAAUAAAUUUCAGGCACCUCUUCCUGGGCCCGUAUGGAUACAACCUCUAGAUGCAGUUAAUGAUAAAAUCAUUUGUCACCAAGGCUCAACUCCUGAGAUGCCAAUUGACUUCUCUUCAUACUCUAUGCAAGAAGAUUGCCUAAUAGCAAAUGUUCUAAUACCUGAUACUGAAGAAAAGAAUCUACCUGUAAUGGUUUAUGUUCAUGGAGGCGCUUACCAAUUAGGAUCGGGUAACACAAUGUCACAAAAGAGUUUAGUGAAGAGUAAAAAAAUAGUGGCAGUAAAUUUUAACUACCGUCUUGGAAUCCAUGGCUUCCUAUGCCUAGGCACUGAAGGGGCUCCCGGCAACGCGGGUAUGAAAGAUCAAGUUGCCUUGCUACUUUGGGUAAAGAAGAACAUAGCAAACUUUGGAGGAAAUCCUAAUGAUGUGACCCUUGUCGGUAGCAGUGCUGGAUCUUCGGCGGUAGAUCUACUAAUGCUAUCAGAAAAGACAAAAGGUCUUUACAAUAAGGCUAUACCAGAAAGCGGAGCAGGUGUUGGCGUUUGGAGUAUCCAAAUAGAUCCAAUGCAAACCGCAAAAGAUUUUGCGAAGGCCAACAACUUUACUAAAGUAGAUAAUAUCAGGCUUUUAGAAGAGUUUUAUAAAAGAGCUUCAUUCGACUUAUUAACCUCAGACGUAUUCUUAGGUAAUAAAGAUUCUUCUUUUAGUUUUGUACCGUGUGUAGAACGUAACAUCGGAGUAGAAACGUUUCUUGAAGACUCACCUGUAAAUAUAUUAAAGCAGGGCAAAUACAAAAAAGUUCCAGUUUUAUACGGGUUUGCAAAUUUGGAGGGAUAUAUGAGAAUGUACAGGUUUGAUGAAUGGUCAAAGCAAAUGAAUGAACGUUUUUCGGACUUUUUACCAGCAGAUUUACAAUUCAAGGAUGAAGAAGAGCGCGACAAGGUUGCACAAGUCAUCAAAGAAUUUUAUUUUGGAAAUAAGGCAGUUGGGCUGGAAACUGUCCAAAGCUAUGUUGACUAUUUCUCUGACAUUAUGUUCGUUUAUCCACAUCUGAGAUCUGUGAAAUUGCAAGUGGAAGCUGGCAGUGAUUCGUUGUACUUGUAUGAGUAUACAUUCCACUCAACUGCACCUUUUCCGGACAAUGCUCCUACAUUUAUAAAACAACUAAAAGGAGCACCUCACUGCGCUCAGUCUGUGGCAGUGCAUGAUAUAGAUUAUGAUAUUAUAACAGUAGAUGCAAGUGAAGAGUAUUCAAAAACGAGGAAGACACUUAGAGACAUUUGGUUAAGCUUCAUAACCACUGGAAAUCCAGCCCCAGAAGGGUCAAACCUACCACCCUGGCCAUCAGCCAAUGCCGACCGAUCACCUCAUAUGGAACUUGGGGAAGAGAUAAAGCUAAAAGGGCCUCUCUUGGAGCUUAGGGCUCGCUUCUGGGAUGACAUCUACGACCGAUACUAUAGGAAUCCAAUACCGCCGCCACAGCCUUUUAUGAGAAGCGAACUUUGAUAUGACUUCAAUAAAUUGUACAACAAAUGGUUAAAAAUGUGAUUUCACGCCCACGCCUUUAUAAAUAAAUUAUAAAUAUUUUUCCUUUUAGGUCGAUUGUGAUCGUCUCUAUCAGAAGCCUGUUUAGAAACAGGCGCACGUGCAUAUCCAAUAGAGGUUGGGCGUGAAACAUAGCAAGCCAGUAUUAUUAGGCUUUAUAAUUAAAUUUUACAAAAUAUACAUUGAACAUUGGCUCAAAUGAAGUCGGUUAAA